AUCUAGCCCAUUCAUCCCAAUGCAUCCACUUCAGGUGUGAACAACUUGAACCGAAUCGGCGAUGAUGAGGUUGUCACGCCUGGUAACACUCAUAUUCCUCACAUUUGUCAAAUAUGCAUGAAAUCAUCACACUUCAGUUGGGCCAGCAGAGUAACUACCUGGCCACUCAUUUCUGGAACACCCAGGAAUCCUAUUUCACCUACUCGGAAGACCAAGAGUCUCCCAUCGACCAUGACAUCCACUUCCGCCCGGGGCUCACCCCCGACGGCACCGAGACCUUCAUGCCGCGCACCGUCAUCUACGACCUGAAGGGCGCCUUUGGCACCCUCCGCAAGAUCAACGCGCUCUACGACGUCAACGAGGAGUCGUCUCCUCCUCAAGCCCUCUGGCACGGCGCAACAACAAUCCACCGCGCCCCCGCCCUCCCAGAAUCGGCCUACACGCAGUCCCUCAACGCGGGGCUGCCCCCGCCGCGGCCGACGCCGUCCUCGGUCCGCUUCUUCUCGGACUACGCCCGCGUCUUCUUCCACCCGCGCUCGGUCGUGCAGCUGCACGAGCACGAGCUGCACUCGUCGAUCGCGCCCUUCGAGCGGCACGCCGCCGGCGAGGAGCUGUUCGCCGCGCUCGACCGGGAGCACGACCUGCUCGACCGCGACCUGCGGCCGUUUGUCGAGGAGGCCGACCACAUGCAGGGCGUGCAGGUGUUUGCCGGGUUUGACGAUGCCUGGGGCGGCUUUGCGAGCCGCUAUGUCGAGCGGGUCAGGGAUGAGUACGGGAAGGUCCCCGUGUGGGUUUGGGGUCUGCAGGAGAGGAUGGGCGGUGUUGCGAGGGACAAACGGCUGUUGAGGCUGGCCAACAAGGCAAGGACCCUUACCGAGAUAUAUAAGCAGGCUUCGGUUGUGGUGCCGCUGGCUGUGCCGGAACGGUUGCCUGGCGCUGGGAUACAGCUCGACCCGGCUUCGCGGUGGCAUACGUCAGCGCUGCUGGCGGCGGCCGUGGAGAGCGCAAUGCUGCCGUCGAGGUUGAAGGACGCGGCGAGAAGGGAGACGAUGGGCGGGAUGGCCGACGUGCUGAAUGCCAUGGGGAAACAGAGCGUUGCCGGACUGCAGAUGAGCUUCGCCCGCUCUGAGUCCAACGCACAGAAGGACACCAGGCAAAGGAGGCUGACCGAGGAACAGCUCUCGGAAGGCGUGCAGCUUGAUAUCCGAUUUACGCCGUCAGAUCAGCUCGACUUGUACUCCCGGUCUAACGGAUUCGACAGGCCACGCGUGUUUAGCCAGCUGAUUGCCUCGCGGGGGUACGGCGACGAGGAAGCCGAGCAAGCCGAGGAAGUGGAGAUGGACGAGCAAGGACGGCGUGUGCGGCGGAGCGCUUACGAGCCUGUAACCAAGAGCUACAACUCGCCUCUCAGAUUCCCUGUCCUGGAUAGCUUCCCUGAGAUAUUUAGAGCCGAUGACGGCGAGGCACUGACGGGAGCUCUGGAUAUCACGACCAGCUUGUCGACGGAUUCGUCUGUGUCUAGCCGGCUGAAGCAGCUGCGGACGACCGUGAUCCGCUCUAUUGGGCUGGAGGACCGUGAAACCCUCGGGAACGAGCUCAUGGAGAUGGCGGACGAGUACCACGAAGGAUGGUCGAGCGGGAGUGACGACGGUGAGGAUGAUUAACACGCAAUCACAGGAUGGUCACUCCCUGAGUUGUUUGACUAAGUCACGUUUUGGGCAACGUCGAACAUCUUAUGAUAUAUAUGGCAAGAUGCGCCGAUUGACAUGCACCACGAUAUAUCAUUCCGGAUUUGGGGCGUUGCCGUUGUCAACUAUACCUCCAGACGCUUCUCUCAGGUUGGGCACACCUGACUUGCCCUAGGAUCGCUCUUGAGUGCAUUUCGCGGUUCCGCUGUCACUGGAUGGUCUGCAGACAACGGACCCAGCACGACACGCGCGAUGGGCGGAGAACUCAGCUUCUUUAAUGGGGCAGCUUGUGCCCCCAAAACCUAGUGUCUAUUAGUCUAGGAAGAUCUAAGGUAGUUACAACAUUCCAUACACAUGCGA